AUGACAGGUCCUGAUGCAACAAAUAUUCCUGGAGGUAAAACAGUCCCCUAUUCAGAUGUCCAGGUGGGGACAGUAUUAGAAGAUGGCAUUGUGAGAUGCGCAGGGAGGGCAAAGAAGGCAGCAAAAAAAUAUCUGAAGCUGGCAACCUGGAAUGUUCAGGCUGUGCUUAGACCACGUAAAAUGAUGGAAAUUGCAGAGGAAAUGACUAAACUUGACUUGGAUAUCAUGGCUCUGCAAGAGAUUAGAUGGCAGGGCCAAGGCAGAAUAGACAAAAAGAACUUUACAAUGUACCAUAGUGGACCGGAAACUAGAACAGGACUGUUCGGAAUGGGCUUCAUGAUAAACAAAAACUGA